AAGUAAUUUCUAGAAAUACAUAAACCCUUCUUGAGCCUCUCGUUAAUUCCACUUCCCUGUGAGCAGAUCUCUCUCUCCGCUGAGAAUCAUGAGAAGAGCCACAACUCUCGCGUCCUCCAUCCUCUCCCGAACACUUGCAGCCACCCACGACGGCGGCGCUGCCACCGCUGCUGCCGCCAACUGCCGCCUGCUCCAGGCGGCACUCUAUUGUACAGGCGGUACAGGCAGUUCCUACAAACAUCAACAUUGGUUCUCUCGGCUUUGCAAUACCUGCUCUGCGCGAGCUGCGUCUAUUGGGGUUGCUGGAGCUUUGGUUUCCGCGGCUGCUGCCACAUCCAUUUCUCAAGAAGCCUAUGCGAAGGAGCCGCCUCCGCCGGAACUUGUGCCUAAGGACGUUGUUCUUUACCAGUAUGAAGCUUGCCCUUUUUGCAAUAAAGUUAAAGCAUUUCUUGACUACUAUGAUAUACCAUACAAAGUUGUGGAAGUCAACCCAAUUAGCAAGAAAGAGAUCAAGUGGUCUGAUUAUAAGAAGGUGCCUAUACUGAUGGUGGAUGGUGAACAGCUUGUUGAUUCAUCAGUCAUCAUUGAUAAGUUGGGCAGCAAGGUAUCUAAGAAAAAGAUUGAUUUGGCCUCAAGUAAUGGUGGUGAAGAGGAAAAGUGGCGUCGGUGGGUGGAUAAUCACUUGGUACAUGUCCUAUCUCCAAACAUAUACCGCAAUACUUCUGAGGCUCUUGAAUCCUUUGACUAUAUCACAAGCAAUGGAAAUUUUAGCUUCACAGAAAAAAUUACAGUGAAGUAUGCUGGAGCUGCAGCAAUGUAUUUUGUGUCCAAGAAUUUGAAGAAGAAAUAUAACAUUACAGAUGAGCGUGCUGCCUUGUAUGAAGCUGCAGAGACAUGGGUGGAUGCUUUAAAUGGCCGAGAGUUUCUUGGAGGAUCAAAGCCGAAUUUGGCAGACCUUGCUGUUUUUGGAGUAUUAAGACCCAUCCGGUAUCUGAGGUCCGGUAGAGAUAUGGUGGAGCACACCCGAAUAGGAGAGUGGUAUACAAGGAUGGAGCAUGCUGUGGGGGAAUCUUCAAGGAUUAAGGCUUAAACCAGAAUUCAUUGCUAUGCUUUCUGCUUCAUUUUGGUUUCCAUCUUCAAUCGCCUCAGUAAACAAUCGUACCAGCUGAGAACAUGAGACUUAACAAUUUUUUUACCAAACAAUUUUGUUAUUGUGUGAUUAUUAUACAAAACAGAAUCCCAAUACCCUAAUCAAUUAUCAAAAUUAUUAUUCUGAGAAUUUACAAAAAUAAAUAAAUUCUGGAUGUAACUGCAAUUUUCCUAA